AUGUGGCGAGCUAUAGGCCGAAAUACUCAAUACAGAAUGCUAUCGUCAAAGGACCCGACAGAAAAUGAGAUCGCUUCGCCCAUCUCGCCAGGCGAACCAUCAGUUUACCUUGCCCAUAAUCAUAGCUACUCUGACGAUGAACCACUACCAACACAUCCGUCCUUCAAAUCCAAGCUUCACAAGUUUAUCCCCCGUCGAGACACGUACUGGGGCUCCCUAACCUACAACCUCCUCGCCUUCCUCCUCCCCGCCCUCUACCAAACCCUCUCCAAGCUAUGGAUCGCCCAGAUCGACUCCUCCUCCGUCGUCCUCACCGACAUCUACACCUACAUCUCCACCAUCGCCGAAGUGCUCAACGAAGGCCUUCCCCGCAUCGCGUGGCUCAUCAUCGACAACUUCAUCUUUAUCGGCGCCGCCGAGUCCUUCGCAGCGGGAUUUGUCCCGCCCGAAGUCAGGCAGAAGAGUCUAAGCUAUGUCCGCGUGUCGGCGGCGGUGGCAAGUUGUACGAGGGCGUUGGAUUGGCCGGAUGUACCGCUGGUGGUGAGCUCGGCGGGGAUUAGACUGGCGUGUGAUGUGGUGGCUGCUGGAGUGGGGUUGGGAUAUUUUGCUUGGGUGGCGAGGAGAAAGGUGAGGGAGGAGGAAGCGAGUCAGAGGCGGAGGGGAGAGGAGCGUGAGAAUGUAGUUGUUUGGUGGUGGACGGCGGGGUUUUGGAUGAUGGCUAGAGAGGCGGUUUAUACGUUUGCGGAGUCAGCGGUGAGGAAUGCGAUUUACUUAUGGUUGGUACAUAGAAUCAUUGGCCUUGGAGCGGAUUAUGCGACGGCUUGGGGCGUGUUUAACAAGAUCCGGUGGGGGCUGGUGAUGGUUCCGGGCCAGGCCUUGGAGACGUCGGCCUUGGCGUUCGUUGGACAUCAGUGGGCUGUAUGGAAGAAGAAUAAAGAGGGAACGUCUAAGCCUGCUGCGAGUUGGGUGGAAAUCAAGAUCGUCCAGCUGAAACUCAGCACUGGUCUCUAUGGCAGUUGA